AUGAAACUUGAUGAUGAAACCAAAACAUCUUUUAAUAGUACAGAAAAAAUUCUUGGUGACAUAUCAAUUAUAAUUAAACCAAUAAUUAAUAGUAAAGAAUGUGAAUCAGUAUACAGUCGUUCAAUGAUACGAAAAAUAUUUAGUUUAUUAAAUAGUCAAUAUAAUGAUCGUGAAGGUCGUUUAAAACUUCUUAAAGCAAUACGUAGUCUUGGUGAACAUGUAUGUAUUGAUUUUAUUCUUGGUCAUCAAAAUCCUCAACAAUUAACGAAUGAUUUUUGGUCAGCUGUUGGUUUUCAAAAUCCCAGGUCAAAAAGGCACGAUAGUACACGGUCGUAUACGAUGCCAUACGUUCAAGUACGAUC